CUGAAAAGUAUACACAUUAUUUGCACUAUUAUUAUACUUAUUAAAACAAGUGUAAGUCACACCUGUUUGUCAAACGGUUACGAGAGUACGAGUUCAACAAGUUGUGAUUUUUUUUCUGUUAUUUACAUCACUUCCAGAAUCAAAUAACACUUAAAUUAUUUGUGAAAUAAUCAAAAGUAUUUUACUACCCUUGCUGAACUAUUUUAUAAUAAAAACUAGAUUAAAAUGAUAAAUAAUGUUUGUUGUCAAAUAUUGCAGAGAUUUCUCUUCACAGCUUUAUGCAUACAAUAUUCACUUGCAACAUAUGAUAAAAAUUUUCCAUGCACUCCAACUCCAGUUGAUGUUGGAAAAUAUAUGAUUAAUCGAUCCCACUGUUAUUUGAAGAAUAAUAAUCAUCAUCAUUUAUUCUGCUAUGGGAAUAUUUCUUUGGAGAAUUUGGAAGCUGAAAUUACUGAUGUCGUUUGGGUAUUAACAAUUUGUGAGUGGUCUGCAGUGUCAUUUGAUCCACAUAAAACCUUGCAAAACUUUCCAAACUUGCGGAAACUAAUUAUUGCUAAUGGCAAUUUAACUAGAAUAACUACACUAUUUCCGGAGGAAGCUAAAAAGCUAGAAGACAUUCAUAUUAUAAGGACGAAGCUCUGGCAUAUUCCACACAAUACUUUUAAAAACUUGUCAUCCCUGAGAAAUGUAGACUUGAGAGAUAAUGCACUAUCAGAAAUUAAUCCUGAAUUAUUUAAUAAAUCUUCUACGCUGCUUCGUAUUUACUUAGGAGGCAAUCCUUGGAAAUGUAAUGAGAACAUGUCUUGGAUUGUCGAUAUUAAAUAUUCCUCAUUAACCAAGAUAAUUAUUGAUAAAGAAAAACUCCAUUGCACGGAUCCUUAUAAGAACCGUCCUGUCAUCGCUGUAAUGCAGAUUAUUAUGAAUUUGAAGCAGGAAUGCAAAUACACUGCUUGUAAUUGUGAAUUAUUAUAUGUCGUCCGUCAAAAUAGUAAGCAUAAUAUCCAGAAACAUUUGAUGGCAUUCAUUACUGUAAAUUGCAGUUAUCUCGGACUCACUGAACUACCCAAAUAUCUUCCCGCAAAUACAACACGGCUUUAUCUACUCGGAAAUAAAAUUACUGAUUUAUCACCUUUAAUUACCAAUCCAAUUUACAGACAGGUUGUAGAUCUCUAUUUGGAUGAUAAUUGUAUUAAUUCAAUUGCUCAAUUGGAAGGCUCGUAUUGGCUCGAACAUUUUCGUGUUUUCAGUUUACGGGGUAACAAAUUAUAUGAUCUUCCAGCAUAUGCAUUGGAGAAUGUAUUAUUGAAGAGUGGAAAUGCUGUUAGUAUUUACCUGGGAAAUAAUCCUUGGACUUGUGACUGUUUUUUUACACCAGGAUUCCAGGAUCUCCUGAUAAAAUAUUCGAAUAUAGUAAAAGACUUGAAUGAUGUUCGAUGUCGUUCUUCAUCAGCAGAAAAUGAUGCUAAUUCUGCUAAAAUAAUCAAAGAUUUAACUAGAACUGAAAUUUGCUUAACAGCAAAUGAAGAAGAAUCAUCAAUGCAUCCACUUGACAUAUUGAAUGUUAUUCUUGGAUCAAUAAUCAUUUUUAUUAUUGGAAAAUUUUUCUAUGAUUACUGGGCUUUUAAAAAAACUGGUCAGCUACCAUGGAUUGUUACUAAAAUACCAUAAUGCAAUCUAGAUUAUGUAUAUGUGAAAGAUUAGAAUAACUUACUGUACAAAAACAUGCAAAAGGUUUAGAUAUAUCAAUGGUGGACGUGACUAAAAUAUUGUACUAUUUUUUUCAUGAGCUUUAAUAUUAUUCUAGUUAUAAAACAAAUGUAAAUAAAAUACUUUCAAUUGAAUACAAAACUUGAUAGCAA